CGAAAUCCGUGAGCGUAGCGGAGGCGGGGCUUGGCGUGGCCCCUCCUUCACCUCCUCCCGCCAGGGUGGUGGGGAGAGGGUCUCCGCGUCCGGGACUGCUUGUCCCGGACGCCGAGACCAGUGUGGGGGAGGGCCCAGGACGCGCGGGUCAGAAGCAGGGACAGAUUCAGGACACUGGGGUCUGGUCCUGAGUAAAGGAGGCCCCACUGCCCCUGGGUCUCCCAAGCCUGCUUCAGUUUGCCUUCGCAAGUAAACGGGGCUGGACCCUCCACUUUGGCCCCGGAGUACUUGACGUCUGGUUCCCAUCCUGGUCUCAAUGCACUGCUCUUUGUGGUCUCGUUUCACCAGCCGUCUGCCUGUCGCCAUGCUGUCCCUGUGCCUGUGCCGGUUAUGGCCCCGCAGCCCUCCCACCCGGCUCUUCUCAGCGGCCACCGGGCAGCGGUCUGGCCCCAGGAACUACUAUGAACUGUUAGGGGUGCAUCCUAGUGCCAGCACUGAAGAAGUUAAACGAGCUUUCUUCUCCAAGUCCAAAGAGCUGCACCCUGACCGGGACCCCGGGAACCCGGCCCUGCAUAGCCGCUUUGUGGAGCUGAGCGAAGCAUACCGAGUGCUCAGCCGGGAGGAGAGCCGCCUCAGCUAUGAUCGCCAGCUCUGCUCAGCCACUUCUCCAAAGUCUCCAGGAAGAACAGCCCGUCCUGGGUCUGCUCAAGCACACAGCAGCUCCUGGGAAUCCCCCAAUGCCCAAUACUGGGCCCAGUUUCACAGUGUGAGGCCUCAGCGACCGGAGUCGAGGCAGCAGCAGCACAAACACAACCAGCGGGUGCUGGGGUACUGCCUCCUGAUCAUGUUGGCGGGCAUGGGCCUGCACUAUGCUGCUUUCAGGAAGCUGGAGCAGAUCCACCGCAGCUUCAUGGAUGAAAAGGAUCGGAUCAUCACAGCCAUCUACAAUGACACACGGGCCCGGGCCAGGGCCAACAGAGCCAAGCUCCAGGAGCGAGUGCAGAGGCAGCAGCUGCAGCCCCGACCUGGAGGCCCAGAGAUCCCAGAGAUCGUGCCUCCGGGCACAGGCCCCGGCCCCGAAGCGGCCCGCUAGGACGGGGCCUGCUCUGUGUUGUUACCUCCUUGCUAUCCCGGGGGACUCCCACUCCCCAAAACGCGUGCAAUAAAAUGAUUCUCAAAGCUCA